AUGGCGACUACCAAUCCGGACAUAGGCAAUGCUCUGGCCCAGCAAAACCCACCCCCUGACAAGUAUGCACAAGAGGCUAAGCCGGUAUUCAAAAAGACAGAACGAUGGAACCAUCCCAGGUCCAACAUACUCAAGACAGCGGCUACAUUCUGGAGUUUUCUGGUGAUGGGAGCGAAUGAUGCCGCGUAUGGGCCGUUGAUUCCAUAUCUCGAGGAAUAUUAUAACCUGUCCUAUACUGUUGUUUCUCUAGUUUUCCUGUCACCCCUCGGUGGCUAUACCCUGGCUGCCCUACUCAAUAACAAAAUCCAUACAACGCUUGGCCGCCGUGGAGUGGCCUGGAUUUCCCCAGGGUGUCAUUUACUGGCAUACAUUGUCAAUUGCGUCCAUCCUCCAUACCCAGUACUAGUAGUAUCCUUCAUAUUCGCAGGUUUUGGAAAUGGGUUGGCCGACUCAGCUUGGAACGCUUGGAUUGGUAACAUGGCUAAUGCCAAUGAGCUCCUGGGACUCUUGCACGGACUAUAUGGUGUAGGUGCAGUCCUGAGCCCACUGGUAGCGACUUCUUUAAUUACCGAGGCAAAGGUGCCCUGGUAUUAUUUCUACUAUAUCAUGAUUGGCUGUGCCGCUAUCGAGCUCGCCUUCUGUCUUUUUGUCUUUUGGGACUCCACAGCAGCAGCCCUACGGGAGGCUACGACCCAGGAGGAUGGCCCUGGUGGAGGCCUGCGUGAAGCCCUCACGAAGCGAUCCGCCCGGGUCACCUGGAUUUGCGCAUUUUUCCUCCUCGGGUAUGUCGGGAUCGAGGUGGCUUUGGGCGGAUGGAUCGUCACGUUCAUGAUGCGAGUACGACAUGGAGCGGACUUUGCGAGCGGGAUGGUUGCUACGGGGUUCUGGUUAGGCAUUGCCUGCGGUCGAGUGGUACUCGGUUUCAUCACACCGCGAAUCGGGGAAAAGAUGGCCAUAAUUGUGUACUCCCUGUUCGCAAUAGCCUGUGGGCUCAUCUUGUGGCUUGUGCCUAAUUUCUAUGCAUCUGCCGUGGCGGUUUCGUUCCAGGGAUUCUUUCUCGGUCCCUUCUUCCCUGCUGCUGUCAUUGUUGCCACCAAGUUGCUCCCACGAUCAUUACACGUCAGUGCUAUUGGCUUUGCGGCGGCAUUCGGAGGAGGCGGAGCCGCCGUGCUGCCCUUCGUAGUGGGCGCCAUUGCGCAGGCUCGAGGCGUGCAAGUCUUGCAGCCGUUUAUUAUUGGUCUCUCUGCUGGGAUUUUGUUGUUAUGGUUGGGGCUCCCACGGUUACCAAAGAAAGUUGAUGAAGAGCAGCAUGGGACUUCAGACGUAUAG